UGUAUCGUCGCAUCUGAAAAAACAAGUGGUGGUAAUUGAUCGGACGGCGUGAGGCAAAGUUUAUACAAAUUACUCCAUUUUCAGUAGUACAGAUUUUGCAGAAAGCUGAGAAGCACAAGCUAAGAUGAUUUAUCUGUUAAAUAAACUGCUGUUGAAGAGUCCACUUUAAGUAUUAAAGCGCCGGCAUGUGUACGGGCUCGGACUCGGGUUUGGGUUCGGAUUCUAAGUCGGAUCCCGACUCAAACGGGUGGAGCCGAGCUCGUGGAGCGGUUCUCAAGUCGUUGGUGCUCGUCGGAGGAGCCUUAUUGCUCCGGCGGCUAACUAAGUCGACUACACGUUGGGACCAUGCUCGAAUUGUCGCAGAGUCACUUAACGGUGAAAAGUUUUCAAAGGAGCAAGCUGCUAGGGAUCCUGAUAAUUAUUUUAAUUUCAGAUGGCUUUCAUGUCCUGCUGCAGACAUGGUAGAUGGCUCUAAGGUUUUAUAUUUUGAGCAGGCAUUUUGGCGAACACCACACAAACCCUUUAGACAGAGAUUUUUCAUGGUCAAGCCUUGUGCAAAGGAGUUGAAAUGUGAUGUUGAGUUAAGCACAUAUGCUAUCAGAGAUGCAGAGGAGUACAAGAACUUUUGUGAUCGCCCUAGGGAUCAGCGUCCACAACCCGAAGAAGUUAUUGGGGACAUUGCUGAACAUUUGACUACCAUUCAUCUAAAGCGCUGUGAGCGUGGGAAACGGUGCUUGUAUGAAGGUUCAACACCUGCAGAUGGAUUUCCUAAUUCAUGGCAGAAUGGUGCGACAUACUGUACCUCAGAACUUGCUGUGUUAAAGAAUAAUGAGAUACAUGCCUGGGAUAGAGGCUUUGAUGAUGAUGGCAAUCAAGUUUGGGGUGUAAAAGGAGGUCCUUAUGAAUUCAAGCCUGCUCCUUCUUCAAGUUUUAACGAUGUGCUAAAUCCUUUGAGUUUUGCUUCACAACCCCUGGGGAAAAGAAUAGAAGGCUCAUUUGUCCUCCAGGAAUGAUUUCUUGUUAUAUAAUCCCCCCCCCCCCAACUGCCCACAUCUUGUAAAUCAUAAGUCAUAACUCAAUUAGUAUUAUUUAAAUUAUAGUAAAUCAUAAGGUGUUUUAUAUUUCAAAGCUUACUGUUUUCUGAUGAUAGUUCUGAUCUUUCUCUGAGAAUGCCUGAAAGAAUUUUGCAGAAACGGUAAUCACCCCUUGAAUUAAGAUUGAUGUUUGUCA